GCAGAAUGAGCUCGUGUGAGAGAGAUUGAGCGAUGUCCCAGGCACCAGCUGAUGGCUCCUGAUUGGUGGCUUUCCUGAGGGCAGCCUUUAAAGCUCCGCCCCAGGUGACAGACCUGUGAGUGAGUAAAGCUGAGGCUUUGUGGAUGUGUAUAUAAAGUGUGUGGGUAUGAAGACUGACUUACUAAUAAUCAGAGAAAAGCAAAGAUCAGGAUGCUGUUAGAGCUCUUCAUCACCCUCCUCCUCAUCCACAGUCAGGUGUCAGGGGACACGAGUUCCUCUGAAGAAGAAGAAGAAAAUGUGAGCAGUGAACAUGAGGAUGAGCAUAAAAAAAGUUCAUCCCACGCCGAUCACUGGGGCUAUCAUGAUCAGAGAUCAUGGCACAGUGAUUUCACAGACUGCAGUGGAAAAUCUCAGUCUCCUAUUGAUAUUGUGACUAGAGACGCCAGCUAUGAUGCCAGGCUGCCUGCUAUAAAACUAGAUGGUUAUGAUUUAAGUGGUGACCCUGAACUGACACUAACAAACAAUGGCCACACUUUGCAGCUCCAGUUGCCCAACACCAUGCGCAUAGUAAAAGGAUUUGAACAGGUCUACUUGGCAGCCCAACUGCAUUUCCAUUGGGGGACCAUGGAGGUUCCUGGUUCAGAGCACACCAUUGAUAAUGUUCACUUCCCUGCUGAGCUCCACGUGGUUCAUUAUAAUUCAAAAUAUGGCAGCUUGAAAGAGGCUGAAAACAAACCAGAUGGACUCGCUGUGUUAGGAGCCUUCAUUGGGAUUGGUCUUCAUGAGAAUGAAAACUAUGACAAAAUCCUGUCUGUAAUUAAAGAUGUUAGCUCUGAAGAGUCGGACACCAAGAUCCCCAGUUUUAACAUCCGUUACCUUCUGCCAAACAGUCUGGAGAAGUUUUACAGAUACACUGGGUCUCUAACAACUCCGCCAUGUUACCAGUCCGUGAACUGGACUGUGUUCAAUGACACAAUCACAGUCUCAAGGAAACAGCUUGCUGCUCUGGAGAGGACACUGAAAGCAGGACAGAACCAGAGCUUAAAUGAAAACUUCAGAGCUCCACAAAACAUUAAUGGAAGACGAAUCUUGGCCUCUUUCCCUAUUUUGCAUACUGCACAUGUAGCUGUGUCGUCUGGGACAACUUCCUCAAAAACGAGCUCACAGGACGGACUGUCGAGAGGUGAUAUCUUGGCCAUUGCCUUUGGAGCGUUGUUUGCUAUGACUUUGCUCUUUUUCAUCAUGUACGCUUAUCAACAGCGGCAAAAGCACUCCAAAUUUAACGCCAACUCCAGACAAAACGUUAUCUAUAAACCGGCAACAAAAGAAGAUGUGUAGACCUGCACAUGUGCUUCGAUAUCAAACAAAACGGUCAUAUUUACACUGAAAAAACAUUUCUGGAAUUGCAGUAAAGACAAUGGUGAAUGUUGAAGAGAAAAACAGUAUUUUAACCCCUCCCUUCAACUCCAAGGAGCUGUGGAUGGGUGCAGACUUACACUCCAUGUUCCUGUAACAGAUACUUUUAUUGUUGCUACUAAAUAACAGGAAUUAAAAUGAAUAACAAAAGUUGUAGCAUUAAGGGGUUUUAAAAAAAAAAAAGACGCAUCUUGAUUGAGUUUUUUUAUUCAAAGAGAGAAGAUAUAGUCUUGUUGUCUUACUGAGAAAACAGAUCACUUUUCUGAUGUCUCCCAUUUUUCCUGUAUAUAAAUAGUAUUUUAUUGCUGCAUGUUGGAAUUUGACAUGCCAUCUUAUCAAUUACCUAUUUAUGACCAUUUUCUACAUUGUUUGUGACAUGUUUAAAUGAAGUACCCAAUUAUCUGGUAUCUGAUUGUUCAUACAAUUCAUUCUCUAUGAUGUGCACAACUCCUCAAUGAAUCAAUGACAAAUGUUUUGUGUCAAUCUAUCCAGACAAAUAAAAAUAAAACUUCA